GAAUUUUAGUUUUCUUUCCGGGCAAUCAGUUGUUCAUCGUAGUUUGUAUUUGUACAUAGUUAAUAAACUGUUAGGAUAUAAUGAAUCUCAUUUAGCUGUAUAUCUUGAGCAAUUUAAUCAUGUCAAGUUGUAAAGAUGAGACUUUCUUGAUAAGUAAGGAGACCUCGCCAAUCUGGAAUUCCACCCAUUUCCAGUCCCCAUUUCGGGAGAAAGUUGAUAAAAUCGUGAGAGAAAGUCGCCUCUUUCAACUAAAGACUGAGAAAUGCAACGUCCAGCGAAUAAAAAGAGUUUGGGAAUCUGAUACUGUUACUAAAUUAGUGGAGGAAUGGAAAAAUAUAAUAUCUUCUCAGCAAGAUUUACGGUUUUCAAAGAAUGUCGAAAUCUCAAACAAAUUGAGACAAGAAGGGAAUGAGUUUUACAAGAAAAAAAAUUUCAGAAGAGCUCAGAAGGGAUUCACAUUAUCGCUAUGUUUUGCCCCAGUGGGAAGCAAGGAACAAGUUUUAGCAUAUUCUAAUAGAUCUGCAUCGUUUAUGGAAAUGAGCGACAAGGAAGGCUGUCUCUCCGAUAUUGACAAAGCUCUUGAAAUUAUGGAAAAUUCAAGCUUAGGAGAUUUGCAGUCGGUAAAGGCAAAACUGAUGGAGAGGAGGGCACGAUGUGACAAAAUGCUAAACAAUGAUGACCACCGUGGUCAAUUUAAUGCUAAACAACUCCGUGAAUUCUUCUCUCUGCAAAAUCCCUCAAAAAUUAUUGAAGCUGCUGAACAAUUUGUAGAAAUACAGGACCAACCUGGCCGCGGAAGACACGUCGUUGUUACACAAGAUGUAAAUCCAGGAACGACUAUCAUUUUAGAACAACCUUACAGCAAAGUUCUAAUCAAACAGUUGCAAUGGGAAAUAGAAUUUUGUCAUUUUUGCUUUAAAAAUAUUUCCAAUUCACCAUCUGUAUCUUGUGGAGGUUGCGUUUUUGCCAUUUACUGCAAUUACAACUGUCUUCUCCUGGAUUCUGCUCUUCACAACUUUUAUGAAUGCAAAAUUACCCCAUAUUUGCAUCAAUUGCAACUUAAACGACUUGUUCACCUCGCAUUUCGGACAUUAAUCAAGAUGGGACCUAAAAAGCUGUAUCAAUUUUGGAAGAAAUCGCCACUGAGUCAUCCUCAUGCAAUUUUAGGAUUUGACUCUGACGGAAAGUACUUAUCCUCCUCCUACUAUCCCAUCAACUGUUUAAUCUACCAUGAUGAUGCUCUUCACGAGGACGAAUUACUUCAGUAUUGCACCGAUUCUAUCCUUCUAGUCCAACUUUUAGAUGAUAAAACGGAUUUUUUCAAUUCCGUUCCAUACGAUGAUGAAGAUGAUAAAGAGGAAGUCACGAAUCUCAAACAUUUUGCUGCAUCGAUUCUUCUCCUGAGUCAAAUGUCGUUUCCAUGCAAUGCCCACUCCAUUAGCGCCCUCCAGCUUCCCAACAUUCUAGAUCCCUCCGCUGACGACAUUGUGACCGCUUCCACUCUAGAUUUUGGUGCCGGGGCAUUUGCUCUGUUAUCAAUGAUAAACCACUCUUGCGAUCCAAACGUGGUUAGGAUUAACUUGGAGCACGGUCUCAACGCUGUCUUCACUAUUAAGGAACUCAAGGCUGGGGAUGAAGUACUAGACAAUUACGGGGUACAUUUUGCCCUUCAGGACCACGCCCACAGGUCAAAUCAUCUCUUAAAUUACUACCACUUCUCUUGCGAUUGUCUCCCAUGCAAAUAUAAAUGGCCGAAAAUGGAUAUCUUACAAACUCUGGAGAGUCGCUUCUUAUGCCAAAAUUGUUCCAGACAGUUCAGCAAGUUGUCCGACAUUUACAAUAAAAAGUCAUUUCAAGACUGCAUCCUCGACAAGGGGAAGAAUUGGUGUAAAAAAUGUGGUCAAACUUAUGACAUUAAUCUUCUACAGAAAAAUCUUCAAGCCAAAACAGACCAAUUUCACGACGCAUAUGAUCUCCUCCUACAAAAUAAACCAAAGGAAUGUAUCCCACCGUUAGUAGAAUGCUUAUCUUACAUAGAAUCUCAUAUCGUUCCACCCUGCAUUACGGCUAAUUUUAUCCAAGAGACAUUUAAGCAAUCGUUAAAUAUGUUGGCAAUAAAUUAUAGACAAUAAUACAAAUCUCUGGGGUAAUAA